UAAAGCAAGCUCAAAUGAAAAAGAGAAUGACAAUCAUACGCAUGCGCAUGUUAAGUCUACGUCAGCUCUUCUUCACUAACAGUCUGCCCAAAAGCUACGUGGCCCUCACUCCUCUGACUGCCUUCUUCACAAUACGACCUCAGAAACAGCUUGAACACCAUGGAUCAGGUAAUGCAGUUUGUUGAGCCCAGCCGGCAGUUCGUCAAAGACUCCAUAAGGCUCGUAAAGAGAUGCACAAAACCCGACAGAAAAGAAUUCCAGAAGAUCGCCAUGGCCACAGCGAUUGGGUUUGCCAUCAUGGGUUUCAUUGGUUUCUUCGUCAAACUCAUCCACAUCCCCAUUAACAACAUCAUUGUCGGUGGUUAAAUCCUGGUCAAGGAAAAAAACAGAACAAACUUCAAUACCCUGGGACCGGCGACGGUGUGCAAAGUGUUAUUGGGCUGGUGUGAUGUCAUUUUUACAUUGUGUACACAACAUUUAUAUUUCAAUGUGUAAAUAAACCAAAUGGAAACACAAAA